AUGCGCGGCCCCGUCGCCGCCCCUAUCGGCCCCGUCGCCGCCCCUAGCGGCCCUGUCGCCGCCCCUAGCGGCCCCGUCGCCGCCCUUCGCGGCCCCGUCGCCACCCUUCGCGGCCCCGUCGCCGCCCCUAGCGGCCCCGUCGCCGCCCUUCGCCGCCCCGUCGCCGCCUCUAGCGGCCCCGUCGCCGCCCUUCGCGGCCCCGUCGCCGCCUCUAGCGGCCCCGUCGCCGCCCUUCACGGCCCCGUCGCCGCCUCUAGCGGCCCCGUCUCCGCCCUUCACGGCCCCCUUCAGCCGCCAAGCAGCCGAGCCGCCGAGCCACCGAACUGA